AGCACGGCUGACGGGGUUAUAUAGAGUCUUGCCUUCUGUCUGCUUAAUAGGCUUCUCUCUACAGUACACUACUGGAAGACAACAACACAGAAAAAACGUCAAUAUGAAGCUGUACCUGGCUGUUGCCACCUUGAUGCUUGUGCUGAUUGCACACUCUGAGGCUCAAGAGGAGUCCACAAUUGAGCAGCAAUUUGCCAAUUUCCAGGCAAGAUUCAAGGAGUUUGGGGAUGACGUGACAGAGAAGACCAAAAACGCCCUGACGCAGAUUGAGAAUAGCGAGAUUGUCAGCAAGACUAAGGACUGGCUUACUGAGCAGUUGGAGAAGAUUAGGCAGAAGUUUGAUGAAGUAAUCAACAAGUCCGAGUAAACCCUGCAGUCCCUGCCAAAAGUGACAUCUGAGUCCACAUGCCUUGUUGUGCCUGACAGACACAAUCUGCUCAGCGAUAAUCUGUGCAAUAGCUUGUCAUUUUCAAAAGCAAGACCAAUGCUUUCAACUUCUGAAAAUGUUCCAAUAAAUCCUGGAAAAUAUCCAAACAAUUAAAAAGAACUAAUCCAG